AACUAAAAAUAAAUGUAAUAAAAUUUUAAUAGUUAAAUAAAGGAAAAACUAAACACUUAACAAUUUAUUACUUUGCGUGAAAUAAUCUAAAAUUAUAUUUGAUUUGAAACAAAGAGAGUAUUAGAUAAUUAUGUUUUUGAAUAAUUAUUGAGUUUUAGUAUAUAUAAUAACCAUAAAUUCAUCAUUUGACUGGCAUAGUUAUUUUUAUUCUGUUUGAUCCUAUGGUUGAAUAACAAAAUAGUUAGUGAUACUGAAUUAGAUUAUAAUCUGAUACUGUUAUAUUUGAAUAAUACCAUAUUGGUUUUAAAAUCACGUUUACUAUUUUCAUUAUCCCUUGCAUCAGAAAUCUUAUACAAAUAUUUAUGUUUAUUUUUAUUUUUAUAACAAUAGCGAGAUCCCAAAGACUUUCUAGACCCAAAAAUUAAUCAUUACGAGGUCCGCAUGAUCCGUGUUUUCUUACCGCUUAAGACGCCUCAGAUGGCCAAAAGAAAUCGAACUCAAUGCAGUACUCACAGCUGUGAGCCCAUUACCCAUGGACCAAAUUUGACUUUAACAUUAUUUCCUUCCUAAUUAAUAUGAUUGUUUGUGUAAUAAUUUGUUUUGUAGUCUUGUAUAACUCUGUAAGUUUAAUAUAAUGCAAUAAAUUUAGUCCAAAAAAAUCAAUACGAUUGCUUUCCAAAUCAACUGCUUCCAUUUAGUUAAAUUUUUAUUUUAUUCUAUAUUUUGUUGUCAUGUAUAUAUUGUCCUAUAUAUUAUAAAUUUUACUAAAUGUACACGCACAAUUCAUAUAUAAAUAGAGAUUAUAUUUACAUGUACUGGUCUAUAAAAAUGACAAAAUUCACGACUCUUGCGAUCUUCAUCGUCUUAUUUCUAGGGAUGGUGGCGAAAGAGACACAAGGACAGCAUAUCUGUCGUCAGAUUCUCUUAAACGACAACUGCGAUGGACCCACGUGCUCAGCUCUGUGUGACCAGAAAUUGGGUGGAACUGGCCAGUGUUACCGAACCGUUGACAAACGCUUUAUUUGCCUCUGCAAUUAUAUUUGCAAGAGUUGAUUUUUUCCUGUUUUAUUCUUAUCUAAUAGGCUAUGUGAAUGUUAUAAUAAAAACUUUAAUAGUUUCUUGCAAUGGUUUUCUAUUCUUACAUGAAUGUGAGAUAGCAUUCGAACUGACCUGGAUACUGAAUAUAGUUUUUUUGGGUACGUAUGACGCUACUGAAAUAUAGUCCAAAAACAAAAGAUAUACGCCCGCUUUUAAUUGUUUAUAUAAUAUUUCCUUAAAAAUGAUUGUACACAAAUUAAACGUAGAUUGGCUUUUUAGUUCGUGUAUGUUUUAGAAGCUCUAUAAUUUUUUGUAUAAACAUUAUUGACGAUUUGGUAGUUGAAAUUUUAAAAGAGGGCUAACAGCCUAACAUCAUUUGAACGAACAGAUGGAAACCAUUUAACACACAAUGUGCCACUGAAUGAUAUAUAUCUAUAAUCACUGGAAACACGCUGCAUGGGAUUGGUAUCAAAUGUCUUGGAGUCUCAACUCUCAAUAUAUCAAUAAAGUUCUCACUUCCACCUUUUAUCCUCCUUGUAGUUUAUGAUUUAUGUCUGUAAUGUUGCCUUGGCAAAGAAGAUCGAGGUCAAAUAGGAGUGGGAUACUCGGCCACUCCUACUCCGGCCCACGCCGGUUGUACUGUUUUGAUUGCCCUAUUGGGUAAAAUUAAUGAAUUUAUAUAUUAUUUUUUUAAAUAAGAGUGAGAUUUAAUUUGGGUUUUGAUAGAGGAGCCAAUAGCAAGCCUACACUCAUAUUGGAUAAUAUAUUGGUUUCUAAAUCAUGUAUUGCUUCUGUUUUAGACCAAAAGUAUAAAGCAUAAUUGUCCUGUGGGCUGCGUAUAGUGGUAUAUAAAUGUAUUUUUAUUACAUGAGUUAAACUAUGUUUUGAAUUAAAUUCUAUUAAAAUUUUCCGUUGAAAAUAUUAGUGGUUGAAAUGUUGAAAUAACAAUACUAACAACUGGCAAAAUAAAAAAAAUAAACAAUAACAACAAUAUAUUUUUGUUUUAAUUAUUCCAUAAUUUGAUUCAAAUUCUGUUAAACCCAGUAGUUGAAAUGUUGAAUAUGUGGUUUUCCAGUACAUUGAUUCCAUUCAUGGUUUUCCAGUACAUUGAUUCCAUUCAAACUGUAGCAUGAAUAACAAUACUAACAACUGGCAAAAUAAAAAAAUAAACAAUAACAACAAUAUAUUUUCAGUCAAACUAUGUUAAAUUCUAUGGUUGAAUACACUGGUUUCCAAAUGUUAUUUUUCCCUCUUUAAUUUUCUCAUGAAUAAUAACACUUUUUGAGAUAGGGACUUUUAUAUGUCCAACUCAAACUAAAUUACACUUUGUGAAGACAAUUAAACUAUUUACACCGUCCUACUUAAAUCAUCAAUCUAAUUUUUCAGACCAUAUCUCUAUCACUUUUAUGAUUUUCUUAUAUUUAAAAUAAAUUGACGAUGGAUAUAUCGACUUAUACUUCUUCUACUUUACUCAAAGUUCCAUCACACUUACUAAGUAUGAUUCAAACAAUAUUAGUUAUCAUUUAAAGUUUUUCUUGAUGGAAAUUUUAAAGAUAUUUUCAUGUUUUAUAUAUUUAUGAUUUUUCAAUGUCUAUUUAACAUAUUUUGAAUUUUUCUAAAUUUUGUUCAUACUUAAGUCAUAUCAAUAAUUAUGAUUUACUUUGUUCAUAUAUGACUUUAUUUUCCCCUAAUUUGUAGAUAUUUAUAUUUAUUUUUCUAUGACUUUUCUGUUCAAACAUCUAAUUGAUUACUAGAUGAAUUGUUGUUUCUUUCCAUUUUGUAUGAUAUUUUGUAAACUUAUAUAUUUGCAUACAAUUUCUUAUGUAUUUAUAACAUUCACAAGUGCAAUAUACAUUUACAUCUAUUUUCUUAAAAAAAAUCAUUUUUGUUACAUCAUCAAAAUGGCUAAAACCACGAUUCUUGCUAUCUUUAUGAUUGUUCUCGUUCUAGGGAUGGCAAUGAAGGAAACGCAAGGACAAGAAAACUGCCAUGAAUAUUAUACAGAAACAGGCAUUUGCGAACAUAAUCAGUGUGCCGCUCAGUGUGCUUCAAAGAGGAAUGGAACAGGGAGGUGUGUAAUAGGAACCAAAAACUGCAUCUGCAGUUAUAAUUGCAAAUUUUGAUUUUAUAUAUGUGGUCUACCAACUAUCUAUCAAAUACAAAUAAUUAAAUUAAUGGAUUGAAAAGCA